AAACAAAAAACAAAAGCAGGUAAUCGGACAAAUGAUCAAGAUAACCCACACCAACAUGGCUGAUGGAAGGAACACUUGUUUUGAAUAGACCGAUUUUAGCGUCUUAGUUCAUCACCAAGAGCUUAAAUAUGUCUUGACUGGUAUGGCAGAAUCUUAAGUGAGAGAGCAUCACAAUGGGCAACAAACACAGCUGUUGUGUUUAUCCUGGGGGAAGGUCGGGUCAUUCUGCUUCAAGUCAAAAGGUAGUGUGGGAGACUGCACUUAAGACAUCUUCGAUGCAUCUGAAGACAAACAGGAACUUCACAAACAUGGCACUGAGCUUUGGUCAUUUUUCUUUUAUCAUGUGUGUAGUACACAUGGCAGCACUUCCCCUAGGAUGUGAGGGUUUCUGCCUUGAAGACAGAAUUGGUUACUGUGGGAUGUCCUCAGCCACUAUAUUUUGGAGCUUGAGGCAAAUAUUCUCUAGCUACUUUUUAUCUGAAAAUAAGCUGAUGUCCAUUGUUGCCACCUACCAGCUUGAACAGCAGAAGGGCAGUUAUCAUUGCCAUAACAAAAGGUCCAUAGCAGCGAGGGGUUUGAUGACACUCUCCCCCAUGUGGUUCUCCCAGUUCUGCCUGCCCCAAAGUGGAGGCAUGUUAAAAUUUGGUCAUAUCAAUCUCAAGGCAUAUGUUUCGGGUACAAUGGGGCCUCAUGGAGAUCAUCUUUUGACCAGUGAUGGGCCUGGUCAGCUUUGCCACACUUCCUGGGUGCAGUUACAUCCUACAUUCCCUGAGAGUGGCUCAUCAAAGUCAAUGCCUCUGUUAUGGAACUGUACAAAAUCAAAUUCAUCAUCUGGACAAAUCUGGGUGGCAAAUCAGAGUUCUUCAACCAUCUACCUGGAUGACUCAACUGUGUCACAGCCCAACUUGAAGAACACAAUAAAGUGUGUUGCGCUGGCCAUCUAUUACCACAUUAGAAAUCGUGCUGAUAAUCGCAUUCUGGAUAUAUUUGAUGAAAGGCUUCAUCCUUUGAGUCGGGAAGGAGUUCCUCCAGAUUAUGACAGACAUAAUCCUGAGCAUCGACACAUCUAUAAAUUUGUGCGCACGUUAUUCAAUGCAGCACAACUCACUGCUGAAUGUGCAAUUAUCACACUAGUCUACCUUGAAAGGUUACUGACAUAUGCUGACAUUGACAUGACCCCUGGAACAUGGAAGCGCAUUGUCUUGGGUGCAAUUAUUCUGGCCAGCAAAGUCUGGGAUGACCAAGCUGUGUGGAAUGUCGAUUACUGCCAGAUACUUAAGGAUAUAUCUGUAGAUGACAUGAAUGAAUUGGAACGCCAAUACCUAGUAAUGAUUCAAUUUAAUAUCAAUGUGCCGUCCUCUGUGUAUGCUAAAUAUUACUUUAGCUUACGUACGCUAGCAGAGGCCAAUGACUUGACUUUCCCAGCAGAACCCCUAAGUAAAGAACGAGCACAGAAACUAGAAGCUAUGUCCCGCAUUUGUGAGGGCAAGUAUGCAGAACAGUUAUGCCGUAAUGGUCAUAAAAAGUGGAGCAGUUUGGAUAAUGUCCAUGCUGCUUCUCGACGUUCAGUGGCUAUUCUGUCAUGAUCUUGGGUCCACAAUAGUAUCGUCACGCACAGAGGCCUGUAGCUUCAUCUGGGUAAAUGCCCUCAUUCUUUAUUUCAAUCCAUAGUGUGUUAACAGCAUUGUCAGUCCUGCUUGUCACUCACCUUUGGGACCAGGGAGUAAAUAGUAGUAACACAAUCCAUUAGUGUAAAGUCCAUUACAACAUGGUUCAAAACCAGAUAUAAUAAAUUGAGACAAGACGGUAUGAUGUUUGCAGGAAAUGAUCUUAGUGAAUUCAUUGAAAGCAUGAUACUAAACAUUGUUCAGAAGCACUGUUUCAUUUAGUAAAGUUGAAUUCCAUUACAAAAGUAUGUCUUCUAGAAAAGAGUCAAGUUCAGUCUGUGAUUAGCAAUGCAACAUUAAGAAGUGCAGAAGUGCAAGAGUGUUGAAUUCAAGAAGAGAAGCAUGUCAGUGUACACUCAAUGGAAAGUGUAUUUACCCCUGGCUGUUAGCAUGAGAUAUUUCUUAAGUAAUGAUAUACAAAUGAAAUAAAGCUUGAAGAGACAGCAUUAGCUGAUAUUCUGUGCAGUGAUUUAUAUGCAGGUGUCAUAUUUGCAUCUGCUACAGUGACUAAAGACAACUUCAGGGUUGUCCCCGCUGACUUUCGGCAGCAACGAUAAAGAAAACACUUGUGAUGACGGAUAAUCAUUAUAAACAAGCCAUUAUAUACUGUGAUGUGCCACUCUUCAGUAUCAACCUGUUUGUGUCCCAGUUAAACUGUUGCAUAUAUGUUACUAUUAACUCAUCUUUAUAACAGUUGUUGUAUUACUUCAUAAAAUUAGGCAUCCAUAAUUCAUUAUAUCAGCUUUUGUAGUUAGACAUAGUUUUCUUGGGUUUGUAUGUAUAUUUCCUUUUUCUCUUCUUUUUCUUUAACUAAGAGAAUUUUGAAGUACUUUAGAGUUGCUAUGCAAAGAAGUGCAGACUUGACCUAAUUAUAGUAAUAGUCACAAUUGACUUAAGGUCUGAGCUCACAAUUAAUAACAGAGAAUCAGGAAAGAUAUUGGAUUAAUACAUAUUCAAGAGUUUACAAUCUUUCUUCUGCAGCAUUUUGUGUCAUGUUCAAUUCAUUUAUAUAUGUUAUAUUGUUGUCACCCACAUGUUACAUCAGAACUAGAAGUAUGUUAUCAAGUUAGGAGUUGGAUUUCUAUUGGAAAUGAACAUGUUUCAAUUCCUAUCAGACAUGUGACUUGCUUUAAGAUGACUUUGGCUUAAGUUUAGAGUGGUAUACUUUUCUUUUAAUUUUAAUUUUUCAAAAUGGAGUCCAUUUCUCAUUUCCACAUGGAAGACCCUUCAGAGCCUUUGUAGUUUAUAGACACAACAGCACCUAACUUGAUGACAUACACCUGUAAGCCAUUUUUGCUGUCUGUAAGCAGCAAAUUUGCUCAAGUAAUUUGCCCUCUUUUUUCUGAUUUUGAAAUAAUAUUUGUGGGUUAUGGAAGGCGGUUUAACAAUUAUUAAUCAUUUCUGGAGACUAGAACAAUUUGUAGUUAGAGGAACAGGUCUUGCUUGAGUGGCUUAUGGUUAUACUGCUUAUUGUAAGAGAAUAUAUACAACAGGUCUUGGAUAUCCCACCCAACCUAUUUACCUGUGCUCAGAUACUGGAUGGAAGCAAGUAAGAAUGUGUACAUGGCAUUUAUUUUUCUAGGACUGAUAGCAUGGCCUUCUUCAACUUUAUGGCAGGAUUCUUUCCCUUUUUGAAAAAUUAAAUUGAAUAUAUUUUUCAGUUAAGACUCUUCAUAGUCCCUUUUUUUAUUUUUUUUCCACAAGAAAUUAACAAACAAAAUCAUACAUUUCAGUAUACAAACAGUCUAAUUAUGCAUGUGUGGGUUUGAGUAUGAGUGGAUAUGGGUGCAUGAAUUCUGUAGAUUAUUGUAUUUGUUCAUUUUAAAUUGUCUUUAUUUGUUCUUUGGAUUAAAUAGUUUCUUAUGAUUCCAUGGCUGUUUCACCUGUGUACAGCUUUUGUGCCAUCUUAUUGUAUUAAAUAAAUUAUGGGUGAUGAUGGGCCAAUGGUUAACUGACCUGAAAAUAUCAGUAGUAAAGGAUGAUAUAUGUAUAAGCGGUAAAGUAUGAUGUAUGUAUUAAGCAGUUAUGGAUAACUUGUUAUGAGCAAUACAGAGUCAUAACUUCUUUUUCUUUAUUUCCAGGAAAAUAAUAAUGCUAUGGAAAAUAUUGAUAUUAACGGAAGUUGAAACUAAAUGGCAGUGUUAUACACCUGGUUAGAUAUAACAUGAUAUUUUCACAUACAUCAUUUUCUGUCAGUGGUGUAAAAUUGUGGUAUCUGACUAGCAUUAUAAUUCAUACCUUGGAGUUUUCAUUGUUUGAAUUUAUAAAAUUUCAGACAUACCUGCAGAUUUCCAAUUAUUUGUAUUUUAGAAUUUCUGACAUGCCAACACAUUUAUUGGAUCAUGAAAGCUUUAAUUGUCAAUGCAAGACAGUUUAAUUACCAAUAGAUUUAAAUAUUAUUACUCCAACUACUCUUGACUACAAAUUUAUAUCUUGAUGUAAGUCUGUGUUGAACAUAAUUACCAAAGUCUGUCUGAAAGGAAAAACAUCAAUAUUGAUUGAUUAUAAGUGUCAACACAGAAUUUAUGUAUUAAUUAAAUACAGGCUUUUCUUUGUUUAUUUCUGCCAUGGUAUUUUAAAGUUAGUAUAUGUUCAUUUGAGUGCAUAAUAUGUCAGAUUUUCCCUCGCUUAUGUCUUAUGUCAAUUAUACUUAAACAAAUUAUUUUGUAUUAGAACAUGUGCCAGGGCCUUUUUCCAUUACAGUAGGUUGUUAGAAUAUUCAUUAUAAAUCUAAUGCAUUAAAAGAUACUGAUCAACAAAGUAAAAGUGUUGAAAAAAGUUAACUUCUAUCAACUCAUUUAUGUAUUCACAGAAAAUUAUAUCACAAACAAUAUAUAUAUAUAUAUAUAUAUAUAUAUAUAUAUAUAUAUAUAUAUAUAUAUAGUUUGUAUGAGUGUGUGCAUGUAUGCUUGUGUGGGUGCUUGUGCCUGCUGUAUGUAUCUAUGCAAGAACUUAUGUGUAUGUGUGUGUCUGAUUUUGGGUUUGCUUGCAAAUAUUUUAUGUUAGUAUGUGUUCAUGUACCCAUGCAUGAAAGUUUGUGAAUUUUCUUUUAGAGUUGAAAAUAUAUUUCAUAAUUGGCAUUGGUAUUAUGUUAUACAGUGAAGUGAAAACAUUAUUUUUGCAAGGGGAAGGCAUGCAAAACUACAAAUACUACAAAUUGUUCAGCAUGUUAAUGUGGGAAGUUCAUUAAACAAAGCUUAAACCCUUUUCUAAAUAUUAAAACAAUUUAUGUAAACUUUAUUUAUGUAUAGUUUUUAUGUCAUGCUUUAAACAAAUAUUUGGCAUACAGAUUUUUAUAAUUAUGCAUCUUGUGUAGUAGAUAAGUUACCCAUUAAUCAUAUCUUUAUUUGUUUUAUUUUUGUUUUUAUGAUUAUCAUUAUUACUGUCACCAUCAUAUGAUAAUUGCUUUCAUUUUUCAUUUUCAGCAUAAUAAAGUACAUAUAUCAAUUGCC